GGGUUAUAAAAACUAUUCUGCUCUGCAAUUUUUAAACAAUUGACGAAAAACAAAAAGAAUAUCGAACUACAAAUUUAGUUGUUAUGGAACGAUUCACUUUACACUAGAAUAAGUACAAUGUGGUAUUGUUAACUGUCUGCCAGUUGCAAUUUUUAGGCAGUUAUUAAUGAAGAGUUUGUAUCAAAAAUUUUUCCUUUAUAUGAAAUGAAUAGAGACAGAGCGAGAGAACAAUAUUUAGCGGCUAAGAAUCUAAAGUCGAUAAUUUAUAAAAACUAUUGAAUUUCAAGAUCUGGUAUAAAGAAAAUGGUAGAAAUAUAUGCACAUUUCUUUCACGGAGAAAUAUAAAAAAAACAUUGUGGGGAUAGUGGUGGUCAGUGAGUAAGGCAGAAUUCCAGUCAUCGAGGCAGUAUUGCAUUUAAAAUGUACUAAAGAAAGUUCCCCUUUCAAUUCGAAUGAUUUAUAUCUGCUUAUAAGAUUGCCCUGUCGGUUACUAAUGAGUAACCUAAAUUUCGAUAAAUACUAGAUAAUUUCGUACAAAAAUGCAAACAUAACCACAAAAUGUUACAGUACGAAAUAAACAUAAGAUUGUUGAUGAAGUUUCAGACAAUUACAGAUGACCGACAGAGUAUUAAACUUUACUAAUUACUUGUAAAAUACUGUUUAGGCAAGAAAAUUUGUUCUAAACACAUAUAUUUGUCUAUUUUAUAUAACAAAUCGAUUUUGCGUUAUGACAUGACUAUUCACGCAUGAUCACGAAAGUACAUUCGUGUUGCCACUGACAUCUAUGUGCCACCAGUGGAAUGUCUGCUUAGAGGAUUUUCUAACUUCUAAAUUGCGAUUGUACAAUACAUCAAAUUUUGACGUGAGGAUGGCGCCAUACCUGACUGUAGAUAAUUCGAGGUUCUAUCCAUUUGAGUUGGAAAGACAUUGUCAGAUAAGGGCUCCUUAUGAUGUUCCAUGCUGGUAUAUAAGGCACGGAAGAGACAGGAUCUAUAUUAAACAUUGUACACAAUUACAAACAGAACAAUCAUAUUGCCGGUUACAGUAAGAUAUUAUUACAUCAGAAGAUUAUAACGGAGCAUUUUCUAUAGAAUGUAAAUCACUUAUCGUGGCGCCACACACUUAAUUUCAACAACAUCUCGCAUCUAGUAAUUACUUUCUAAGCUCAUCAGUGGAAAAAAGGAAAGAAAAGAAGGGAAAUGACUACCGGAUUGAAGACAAUAGAGUUUCUAAGAUUAGGACGACGAGUUCGUCGACGCCUGAACGCACGAAGUGUGAGUGAUCAUCUUCUUGCCGACGGUAAGGAAAAGGAAAAAAAGAUCGCAUUGAAUAUCGACACAAAAAUGUUGAAAAUUGGAUUCAUAGGAGGUGGUAAAAUGGCUCAGGCUUUGGCCAAAGGUUUCAUUCGAGCUGGGUUAAGCAAAGGUGAAAUGAUGUUGGCUAGCUGUCUUCCGAAUGACGUGGGCAGUAUAGACGCGUUCAAGGAAAUUGGAUCAAAUACUGUAUUUUCAAAUGCACCUGUUAUUGAUUAUGGGGACGUUUUGAUUUUAUCAGUAAAACCACAAGUUGUUCCGAUGGUCCUCCCGGAUUUAAAAAAUUACAGAAAACUUCUACUUUCUAUUGCUAUGGGUAUUCCAUUAGCGUCGUUAGAAAAAGCUGUGCCACACGGAACACCCGUAAUCAGAGUAAUGCCCAAUACACCAGCCAUCGUAGGUUGCGGUGCUACGGUAUACGCUCGUGGAAAACAUGCCGGCGAUAAAGAAGCCGAAAUAGCAGAAAAAUUAUUUUCCUCUGUGGGUUUAUGCGAAGAAGUAUCUGAAAAUUUAAUUGAUCCCAUUACAGCUUUAGCGGGUUCAGGACCUGCUUAUGUAUUUAUGAUGAUAGAAGCUUUGGCCGAUGGAGGCGUAAAAAUGGGUCUUAUGAGACCAGUCGCGUAUAAGCUAGCUGCACAAACAGUUCUUGGUGCUGGUACUAUGGUUCGAGAUACGAAAAUACAUCCAGGACAACUUAAAGAUGAUGUAGCGUCACCAGCAGGAUCUACCAUAACUGGAAUACAUUAUUUAGAACAACAUGGAUUGAGAUCAGCUAUAAUUGGAGCAGUUGAAGCAGCAACGAAGAGAUGUAAAGAAGUUAGUUCACUUUUAGAGAAAAAUUAGAUUGGUUGAACGGUAAGAGAUGUAGUUGAUGAAGAAACUAAGAAACAAGGAAAGUAUUGUAGUAAUCCUUGAUAUCGUAGAAAAGAAAGUAAAUCAUAGUAAUAAUAUUUUGCAAUCUAGUAAGAACAUUUUCGUUUGUAGUUUCAUCGUCAUCGCAUUUUAUAAGAAAUAUGUAACGUAAUUUUUAAAAAAUUUUUUAAAAUACUUUGUAUAUUUUGUACAUAAUUCUUUUAAAUUGGUAAAUGUUAAAAUUAUUGUUGUAUAUUUAAAGCCAAGUGCUUGAAAGUAAUAGAUCUGUUAUUUUUUCAUAGUAACAUAUUUUGUAAUGGAAGUGUAUAAAAAUGUACAUAAAUA